AUGUCAUUUGUGUUGGGAUCGGUGAUUCCAACAUUGAGAGCAAAAAAACCAUUAAAUGCAACAUUCAUAACGAAUUUCGAUGGCGUUUACCAAAGGAAAAACUUUUGCACGAAUGAAGAAAUUUCUGGUGGUGCUCUCAGAGGAACUCACGAAUUCGUACACAACGCCGACAGUUCCGACUGGAAUAGCUACACUCAAAAAUGCACGGAAAUAAUAAGCAAUUUCCUUCAAGCCAUUGGUAAUUUAUUAGGGAAAAACGAUCACGAAAAUGGAGUGUUAAAUUUUAAAAUUAACGCGAGCGUUGUGCAUUCCGAUGGUAAAUGUCCGGAUGGUUCGACUCCGAGCGUGUUGAUCAAGGCAACCAAUGAAAAUGACGGACUCUGUUUAAAAAAAGUUAAUUGUAAGUCGAUUUGUGAUGAAAAUAAAAUGGAAUCUUUUCGCGAUAAUUUACAAUCAGAUUCUCGUAAAAUUCAAUUGACCUAUGUGGAAGGCUUAGGUUUUCAAACGACCCCUUCUCCCGCAUUAAAUAACUAUAUGUCUUCUUGCUCCACUACUAUAGUCCCAAAUCUUGGUUCGGAUGAAGUAUCUCAAGAAGAAAUCCAUUCCACGACGGAACAACCUUUCUUAAAUGUAAACCCAGAUUUCACGACUCAAAGUCAAUACGAAAACCCGGAAAUAUUAUCCCUCGUACAAACCCAAAAUCCAUAUGAAAGUGUAUAUCCAGGAUCCGACAGAGGACCAGUCACAUUCGAAAACACAACGGCUUCUAGCGAACAAACACCAUCUGAAAAUGUGGAAUCAACUGAAGCUCCGAAAUAUGACGAAGUGGAAUACGUAAUGCUUCCAGAGUCUACCGAAGCUCCAGUAUCUACCGAAAUGGAAUAUGAACCAACUUCUACUGAAAUGGAAUACGUUCCAGAUUACACCGAAACUCCAGAAUCGACUACAGUCGAUUAUGUUUCUGUAACCACUGAAACUCCAGCAUCAGUCGAAGAAGAAUUGACUACUUCUUCCGAAGAACAAAUGCUGCUGGAUUCUACUGAAGUUCCAGUAUCUACCGAAAUGGAAUAUGAACCAACUUCUACUGAAGUUCCGGUUUCCGCUGAAAUGGAAUAUGUUCCAGUUUCCACCGAAGCUCCAUUAUCUGUUGAAGAACAAGAAUACUUAGCUUCCACUGAAGUUCCCACAUCUGUAGAAAUGGAAUACGUUCCGGUUUCCACUGAAAAUUUACAAACUUCUGAAGAAGAAGUGACUCCAGAGUCUACUAAAAUAGAUUACGUUUCUGUAACCACCGAAACUCCAGCAUCAGAUGAACAGGUACUUGUAACUUCCUCCGAAGAAAUGCUUCCAGAGUCUACCGAAGAUCCAGUAUCUACCGAAAUGGAAUAUGAACCAACUUCUACUGAAGUUCCGGUUUCCACUGAAAUGGAAUACGUUCCAGUGUCCACCGAAGCUCCAUUAUCUAUUGAAGAACAAGAAUACUUAGCUUCCACUGAAGUUCCCACAUCUGUAGAAAUGGAAGAAGUUUCUACAGAAGGUUUACAAUCUUCUGAAGAAGAAGUGAUUCCAGAGUCUACUAAAAUCGAUUACGUUUCUGUGACCACCGAAACUCCAGUAUCAGCCGAAGAAGGAGGAUUUGUCACAUCUUCUGAAUUAAUGCCUCCAGAAUCUACCGAAGUUCCAGUAUCCACCGAAGUAGUAUACGAACCAGUUUCUACUGAAGUUCCAAUGUCUGCAGAGGAAGAAUACUUGGGAUCAACUGAAGCUCCAGUUUCCGUCGAAAUAGAAUACGUUCCAGUUUCCACCGAAGCUCCAUUAUCUGCCGAAGAACAAGAAUAUUUGGGAUCAACUGAAGCUCCAGUUUCCGUCGAAAUAGAAUACGUUCCAAUUUCCACCGAAGCUCCAUUAUCUGCCGAAGAACAAGAAUAUUUGGGAUCAUCUGAAGCUCCAGUAUCUGUUGAAAUUGAAUAUGUUCCAGUUUCUACGGAAGCUCCAGUUUCCGCCGAAAUGGAAUAUGUUCCAGUUUCUACUGAAGCUCCAGUUUCGUCUGCCGAAUUGGAAUAUGUUCCAGUUUCUACUGAAGUUCCAGUUUCCGCUGAAACGGAAUAUGUGCCAGAUUCUACGGAAGUUCCCGAGUCUACAACCACUGAAUAUGUUUCUGUAACCACUGAAACUCCAGCAUCAGCCGAAGAACAAUUUACUACUUCUUCUGAAGAACAAAUACUUUCAGAAUCUAAUGAAGCUCCAUUGUCUAUAGAACAAGAAUAUUUGGGAUCAUCUGAAGCUCCAGCUUCUUCCCCCGAAAUGGAAUACGCUCCAGUUUCUACUGAAGCUCCAGUUUCCGCCGAAAUGGAAUACGUUCCAGUUUCAACUGAAGCUCCAGUUUCCGCUGAAACGGAAUAUGUGCCAGAUUCUACGGAAGUUCCCGAGUCUACAACCACUGAAUAUGUUUCUGUAACCACUGAAACUCCAGCAUCAGCCGAAGAACAAUUUACUACUUCUUCUGAAGAACAAGAAUAUGUGGGAUCAACUGAAGUCCCAGUUUCUUCUAGCGAAAUGGAAUACAUUCCAGUGUCCACUGAAACUCCAUUGUCUGUUGAAGAAGAAGAAUAUUUGGAAUCAACUGAAGCCCCAGUUUCGUCUACCGAAAUGGAAUACGUUCCAGUUUCCACUGAAGCUCCAGUUUCCGCUGAAAUUGAAUACGUUCCAAUGUCCACUGAAGCUCCAUUGUCUGUUGAAGAACAAGAAUAUUUGGGAUCGGCUGAAGCCCCAGUUUCGUCUACCGAAAUGGAAUACGUUCCAGUUUCCACUGAAGCUCCAGUUUCUACUGAAGAAUAUUUGGGAUCGGCUGAAGCCCCAGUUUCGUCUACCGAAAUGGAAUACGUUCCAGUUUCUACAGAAGCUCCAGUUUCCGCCGAAAUGGAUUACGCUCCAAUGUCCACUGAAGCUCCAUUAUCAGUUGAAGAACAGGAAUAUUUGGGAUCAACUGAAGUCCCAGUUUCAUCCACCGAAAUGGAAUACGUUCCAGUUUCUACAGAAGCUCCAGUUUCCGCUGAAAUGGAAUACGUUCCAGUCUCUACUGAAGCUCCAGUUUCCGCUGAAAUGGAAUACGUUCCAGUCUCUACUGAAGCUCCAGUUUCCUCUGAAAUGGAAUACGUUCCUGUUUCUACCGAAGCUCCUUUAUCUGUUGAAGAACAAGAAUAUUUGGGAUCCACUGAAGCUCUAGCUUCGUCUACCGAAAUGGAAUACGUUCCAGUUUCUACCGAAGCUCCAUUAUCUGUUGAAGAACAAGAAUAUUUGGAAUCGACUGAAGCUCCAGCUUCGUCUACCGAAAUGGAAUACGUUCCAGUGUCUAGCGAAACUCCAGAGACAACCAAAAUCGAUUACGUUUCUGUAACUACUGAAACUCCAGCAUCAGCCGAAGAACAAUUACCUACUUCUUCUGAAGAACAAAUACUUUUAGAAUCUAAUGAAGCUCCAUUGUCUGUUGAAGAACAAGAAUAUUUGGGAUCAACCGAAGCCCCAGUUUCCGUCGAGGCAGAAGAUGAUCCGCUUUCUAUCGAGGCCACUACAUCUGAUGAACAACAAGUAUUUUCGGAAUCCACUGAAAAUCCAGUCACUACAACCACAGAAUAUGUUUCUGUAACCACCGAAACUCCAUCUUCACUUGAAGAAGGAGACUAUUUGGCAUCGACUGAAACUCCUGUUUCUAUCGAAUACAAUCCCGUUUCCGUCGAAUCGUAUUUACCUUCUAAUGAACAAGAAGACGUAACUUCUACCGAGGGUGUAGACUCAUCUGAAAUUCUUGCUUCGACCGAAGUACCUGAGGAUAAUAAUGCCACUACGUCAUCUGAGUAUUUGACAACUUUUCAACCCAUUCCCUACCUCUUAAAUAGUGAUGUAAUUGUGAAUAAUAACAAGGGCUCGUUAGAAUCUGAUUCUUUAAUAUCAACUUUAACACCUGAAACUUCAACGAAUGACAAUAACUCCAGCCAAAUGGAAUCUGAUGAGUUGUCAACUCCUGCUUACGAAGAAACAUCAUCAGAAUUGGUUAAUUUACCAACAUCAACGCAAUCUCCACUUUAUUUUUCACGCACUCCCUUACAACACGGUCCAGCUAAUAGUAAUUUAUUUUCUACGACCACGGCUCAGCCGGGUGUAGUUUCUUUCCCCGGUAAUCCAAACACCUCUGAAUUCGUAGAAAACAGUGACGAAAUUUUGGAUAACGUAUCAGAGGAACAAUAUAAUACUUCAUCACCACUUCCAGAAAAUCAACAGGUUUUUUACACAACAACUGACCCAACUGUUAAUGACCAACCGGUAAUCGUAACUCAACAACCACAGGAAUCUUAUUUCGAAUCGACAUUGAGACCUGUUAACGUACAAGAAGUUUUGACAACGCCUGACACAAGUUUUAACGAUCCAAACGUUUACUCUCAAGACGUAUUAAGUACCGACCCAAGUACUUUUCCUUCUACGAGCAUACCAGGUGAGCACUCUGUUUCCUGCUCUUCACGUACUCCUCUAAUGUGUCCAUUUCAUCCCUUAAUGAAAGGAAACAUGACUGCACCUUCAUAUUACAUACUUAUAACUAAAGUACCCGGUGACUUCUCAGGAGAAGAAAAUUACAAUGUUGAAAAAGUUUACUUGGGAGACGGAACACCCAUGAAUUGUACAUUUAACGAAAAAUCAACUUUUCCAAAGGCUUUGUACAAGCCGGUUCCGUUCUCUGACGCUACUACCGUGAAAUUCCCUAGCAGACAGUAA